AUGUACCUAUUUCAGACCCGUACUCUCAUUCUCCUUGCAGUCGUACUUGCUGUUACAUUCGGCGCCAAACAGUGCGGACCAAACGAGCACUUCACCCACUGUGGUACUGCCUGUGAACCGAAAUGCAAUGAGCCGAUGCCAGAUAUCUGCACAAUGGAGUGUAUUGUAGAUGUGUGCCAGUGCGUUCCAGGAUUCAAACGAGGACCCAAUGGGUGUGUGGCUCCAGGGCCAGGCUGCCAGUGA